AUGGUUCAACCUGUUCAGAAAAAUCCACUUAUUGGCAGUAUUGCGGUGCUUCAAUCGAAGCCUGGGAAGGAGGAAGCCUUUGAUAUUCUCAAAAGGAUUGCACAUGAAGUAUCUUAUCUUAUGAAGGAAGAGAAUUUCAAGGUGAAGCAAUUGGUAGAAUUUUACCCAAAAGACCGUUCACUUCUCGGAAUGAAUGUGAAUAGAGGUAUGAAAAUAAUGCUGCGGCUUCGUGAUCCACUAGAUGAAUAUCGAUUUCUGCCGUUUGAGCAUAUUCUUGGAACUAUGUUGCACGAAUUAACUCAUAAUUUAUUUGGUCCCCAUGAUCAAAAGUUUUACGCAAAGCUGGAUGAGCUAUCAGGUAGACAGUGGACCAUUGAACAGCUGGGUCUUUACAAUAGUUUUAUCGGACCCGGACACAGGUUAGGUGGUGGUACCGUUGGAAAUAACGUACGUGGAACAAAACUAAAUUUGGGCGCUAAUAAAAUUGCAAAGAGAGGCAAGCCACGAGGUAGGAAACUUGGCGGUCUCAAUUCUGCUACUGGUAGAUUAGGUCCUCGAAAAAGCGCACGCGAGAUGGCUGCUAUGGCUGCGGAAAAACGAGCAUCGGAUAACAAGACUUGUGGCAAUUCGCAAAAGCAAGAACAGUACAUUCCAUCUCAAGAUGAUCUCGUCAUUGAGAUAUUAGAUGAUGAACCAGAGAGCCCAAAAGAUAGUAAUGUUCAAAAACCGAUUGAAAUAAUUGAUCUCACAUAA